AUGGAUGUAUACAGAUUCAACGAGACCGACCGAUUAAACGAACGAUACGUCAAGUUUCGACCAACAGAGCUCCAACGGAUUGCCGGCGAAGCAAUGCAACUAGACUAUUGCCCUGAUAUCGCUAAGCUGGCAGAGGGAGGUUUCAACAAAGUCUUUAUUCUGCGAGCAAAGAAUGGCCGUGAAGUGGUUGCGCGAAUCCCAACACCCAUUGCUGGGCCUGCUCAUUACACAACUGCGAGUGAGGUUGCGACGAUGGACUUUUUGCGAACUGUUCUUAAACUACCGGUACCGGAGGUCUUUGCAUAUUCAACAACAUCGGACAAUCCCGUCGGAUCAGAGUAUAUUUUGAUGGAGCGGGUUGAGGGGGCAGUCUUUCCUCACGGUGGUUAUCUCUCACAACCGACGAGGUGA